AUGACGUCCCAGAUCCAAGCACUCCAACAGCCUGACACUCCAAGGACCGACAGCGUCUUUUCUGUCCUGUCUGGGUUUUACUCUCUGGAAUCUGGUGUUCCUGGACUCUCCAAGGUGAUCCUCAACAAGCUCAACAUGAAGGACUACGGAGAAUACAGGGCUGCCGUUGAGGGAAAGGGCAAAGGAAUCUCGUUCCGCAACUACAAGGAGAUGUUCAAGAAGAUGGAGGAGACCUUCGAGUUUUGCACCAGCUGCAACAAACUCCCGGGGCAUCUCUCCGAGGGUCAGACCCUGAAACGCUGCGUGAAAUGCUUGAAUGUGUACUACUGCACCAAAGACUGUCAGAGAAAGGACUGGCCUCAGCAUAAAAAGGUCUGCAAGAUGCUGCACCUGGUGGCCAUUGACAGACUAGUGGAGUGGCUGAUGUUCACUGGAGACCUUCCGCUGCCCAUGGACAAGUGGUCCAAGCCAGCUGCUGAGGUCAAGAAUUGGGACGACUGGCUUCACAUGCAGGGGGACCUCACGUCACGUCUGGACGCCAUCUUGUCUGGUGCCAACAUGGCAACCCUUUGGAAGAACGCCAGCAGGCCAAGGCCGGAUGACUCUGACCUGCAACAGUCUUUGUGGCGGAUUCAGAGCGAGUUCCUCUCCAGGGUGCUCACAGUUGGGAUGGCCAUGCGACACUUUGGCCUUGACCCGCAUGCUAAACCGCUGACUAUUCACAUAGCAGGGGCGUCUCACAAUGAGACCAUGGGAGCCAGACUGACAGACUACGAUGAGCUGACCAACAUGUUACCCGAACACCAGGGCAUUGAGAUAGUCAUGGUGGGACCAGAGGUCGUGGACGGCCCCAUCGUGAGGCCACCUCUUACGGCGUUUGGCCCCAGGCAGAGAGUCUACAUCAGCGCCCACAAGGGCCUCUACCACCAGUUCUGGGAAGACGUGGUGGAGAAAGAGGAGGCAGCCAAGCCAGACCUGGUGGUUGGAUUUCAUCCUGGGUUCCACGCUAACCAGGGUCUGUUAGAAGGUUGGCUGCCCACGCUUCUGCUUCUCAGAGAUUAUAACAUCCCUUCAUUCUUCACUAUGUACAGCGAGAUGGAGCUCAAGUCCUCACUCCAGAUCCUGUUGGAGUUGGAGAUGCACAUCAGGGAGAGCGGGAGCAAUCCAUUUACCUCACAGAAACCAGAACAGGUCCAGUCUUGCCCAAACAAAACCCCAGUCUUCUGUAACUCUCAUUACGUCAGUUUCCAAGGAUUCCUGCCUCAAGAAGACUUAGAGGAGCCUGGGCUAGACAAUUAA